AUGGCCUCGACAGCUCAAUCACCAGACGGCGUGUACUACUACGAAUCCGCAGACCAGGUCCCGUCCAACAUCACCAAGUACUGGCUGCAGCGGCACAACAUCUUCUCCAAGUACGACGAGGGUGUCUGGCUCACCAACGAUGCCUGGUUUGGCGUCACUCCUGAGCCCGUGGCAAAAAAGAUAGCAGACCACGUCGCCACCGCACCCGCCGCCAAGACCAUCCUCAUCGACGCGUUUGCUGGGGCCGGCGGCAAUGUCAUCGCCUUUGCCCUGAGUGGCCGCUGGAAACAGAUUUUUGCUGUCGAAAAGGACCCAAAGACCCUCGCCUGCGCCAAGCACAAUGCGGAAAUCUACGGUGUGGCCAAGAAGAUCUUCUGGAUUGAAGGGGACAUCUUCACUGUUCUCAAGACUCGAUUGAAGUCCACCGCAAAGAACGCCGUCAUAUUCGCCAGUCCGCCUUGGGGAGGCCCAUCCUACACCAACUUCGAUGUCUUCGACCUGUCUUACAUGGAACCCUACUCACUCACCCAUCUAUACGAAGCGUUCAACGGCGCCUCGAGUGAAGUCGCCCUCUACCUACCACGCACCACUGAUAUUCGUCAACUGGCCAAGUACGCCAAGAAGGACGAGAAGCUGCAGGUCGUCCAUUACUGUAUGCGUGGAGCCAGCAAGGCUCUCUGCGUUUACUAUGGUUCAUUUGCGGUGAACGUGCAUGCAGAUGCUUCAGAAUGA